AUGGCUGAUUCAAGAGUUCUAAACAUAAACUUUCAAGAAGAAUCUCUUCUCGUUGUUCCCGAACCAAAAAAGAAUAAAUUGCGCUUCUUGCGCCUUUUAUCGUUCGUGUUAUCUCAAAAGGGCUAUUCAAAUGUUGAAAAAUUAUCAAGAAAAGUUGGUUUGGAACCGCCAACCAACGAAGAAUUUCAUUUUGCCUCCAAUUCCAAACCACAUAAUCACAAGACUGCCUUUAGUGCCAUGUGGUGCCUUCAUAAUGAUUGCUUGCCUAAGACUUCGCGUACAGGAAUCAAGGAUUUUCUUUUAGUCUAUGCUGCGUCAACAUUUAUUGAAAUUUUGAUGCAGUUUCCAGUACGGAGGAGGAAAAGCCCCAGCAACAAGACGAAUGUCAAUGACAUAAUUGGCUCACCUUUUGUACCUCCAUUUCUGGCCGGUCUACUGGCGGGACCAACAUUACUCAUUGACAAUAAUCAAUCGAGACGUAUAUCAAUUUCAAUGUAUAUGUUGAGUAAGAGUUUGCAAUUCGUCUAUCAUGCUCUAAGGAAAAAUGGGAUUAUUCCUGUAAUGCCUUGGUGGUGGGGUUCCUGGUUAAUAUUUCCGAUUAGUUCUUCUCAACUGAUCUAUGCUUACAUGGUUCACCCGGACGCUUUCCCUGAUGCUUAUGGAAGAUUUAUCACAAGUCGAAGUUCUACGUACGUUCAAAAACGUCCGAAGUAUUUCCUGGAUUCGAUGCCGUGGCCAACGGGUCAAGAAAUAGUCGAACGAAUUACGACCAUAGCAUCACUUCAUUAUCCCGGGUUUUACUCGCCAAAACUUCAUGGUAGAGACAUAUCCACCCUCCCCGAUGCACUUAAACCUAUAAGGCCGGUCCUCGAAAUUGCGCAUCCAGCGCACAACAAAAUGAUGUGUGCCUUGUUGCACCCAAAUGAUCCCAGUUGUCUUGCAACAUAUUUUAAAUUUAUAGCAAAAGAAGGUGUUGCCGCACUUAAAUUCAUGGUAGCUUUGCAAGCACUCUCACUGAUUUUUAAAUGGAAGACUCUGGUUUCCAGGCCUAACGAAGUGUUAACCCAAUUUUUGAACGGGGGCACUCAAACGAUCUUCAAAGGUGCUACUUUUAUCACCAUGGCAAUUGCUACUUCGUGGGCGAUGAUAUGUGGAUUUCAAAAUGUCCUUCCAAAUAAAUUCAUGCCUAUAUCAAGAGAGUCCAAGUCGACGACUGGACAUUGGGAUGUACAGUUUAAGAUUAUCUAUCGAAUCAUUCUGGAAAAUAUUGGUGAAAAAAGGAAUAACCAGGAACAUCAGGCACGUAAUACUACUUCUUUAAAUUUGGGUAUUAAGAGUACAGCCAAAGAGCAUAUAUCCACCAUAUUUUAG